AUGGGCGAAAAAGACCUAUCUAUGGGUCCCCGUGACGGUGUAACCUAUCCAAUUAAAGUUCAAUAUUGUGGAAAUUGUUCUAUGCCUAUAGAAUACUGUGAAUACUAUCCCGAGUAUGACAAAUGUAAGCAAUGGCUGGAAAAGAAUCUACCGACAGAGUUUGAGAAAGUUAAAAUCGAUGAAGAAGAGAAUGCAGGUGGUGAAGAAAAAAAAAAGCCUCAAAAGCGUGGAGGAAAAGGAAUGCUGAAGUCGAAGAAGAAGGAAGAUGUGCCCAAGCUAGUGCAAGUCUCUCGUGCCCCCCGUGGCAAGAAGAAAUCUGUUACCGUAGUAUCUGGACUUAGCACUUUUGAUAUUGAUUUAAAGGUUGCAGCUAAAUUAUUUGGCACAAAGUUUGCUUGCGGUUCUUCAGUUACUGGUGAUGAUGAAAUUGUAAUUCAAGGGGAUGUAAAAGAUGAUUUGUUUGAUUUUAUUCCUGAAAAGUGGCCUGAGAUUGAUGAAGACAGUAUUGAAGAUUUGGGUGAUCAAAAAAGAUAG